UUUUACUAGGUAAUGUAUUAAUUACUAAUGUGUGCUCGGGAGAUAUACAAAACUGUGUCCAGUACAAACUGUACGUACCAGUAUAUAAGAACACCAGCCACAUUACGAAACGCAUACUCGUUUUGCCGUAAAAACGAUGGCAGCCUAGCGAAUUAUGGGGACGAUCUCAAAAGAGAAAUACAGAAUUGGAACCCAUCAGAAAACACGACCAUCUGGACGGGUAACUUCCAGAUCCUUUCGCCAUGGAUAAGUCUUGUCGGGUGUUACAGAUAUGGUCCUCAGCCCGAUCCCAAUAGGACACUGGUGUUUCUAGUCAACACUUCAGCUGCUGCUUGUGGAAUCUACUGCAGUAAAUACACCAACAAGUAUUUUGCCUUACAAGGAAAGCGAUGCCUCUGUGUAGCGCACUCAGACGUAUUACUUAGGACUGGUGAUAACGCCUGUGACUUAGCCUGUGACGGCUCCCCUCUGUCCGAACCGUGUGGAAGUACUGAACGGCAAAACUGGAUACUGUAUUCUAAAGUAACUUUCAGUCAGGACACGACUAAUACGUCUGACCACUGCAUAGCAGGCAUGUGUAACAGAAACGGCGGAUAUACGUUGUAUGGGUCGAACUGCUCGUCCUCUUAUAAAGGUGUUUGUAGCAGUGGCAAUCAACUAGAACACGAAUCAGAUUGGACAUCGUCAUUGCAUACAUGUAUAUCAACCAACAGGGUACACCUAGUUACGAACAUGACGGGGCUAUGUCGAAACAUGCACCAUUAUGCAUGGAGGAAAUUUUGGAUAGGACAGUUUCGAGGUGUGGCACAGCAUAUAGGGCCCGAUAUACCUGAUUCGCAUAUCGUCGGAUGUACGCUGGUUACCAUAGAGACGAAUUCACGUAACAAAACAUCUCGGACAUUUCAUUCGGAGGGGUGCGAGACCGAGCUACGAUCUUAUAUAUGCAAGCUAAAUAACGACGGGAUGGAAAGAUCAUCGACCUUUGGGAUGGAGAGAACGACCAGUACAUAUGACAGUUCAACUUCCACACCACAUACGCUAUUAAAUUCGACCAUCGAAGCAGUCAGUAAUUUGUCAACAAAUAAUCGCACGAAAUCUCCAUUCUCAUCUUUACCAAAUAAAGAUUCGUCGAUCAGCGGAGGUGUGGCGGCAGCAGUCGUAAUAACAAUAGCCCUCAGUGCAUGUGCUCUUCUAGCCAGUAUACUGUUUCUAUGGAGAAGAGAGCUGUUGUGCUUCAAAAAAUUAAGAAUUGAUCAUAAUAUCGCCAACCGGACGUAUGACCCAUCAUUCAGCAACAAACCUGAUCUCCAAGGUGAUCGUGUUACUCAUGAUAGUAAUUAUGACGAAGUUGAUGAGCACAUUUCCGGUCCUUGUGAUGACAUUGUAGAGGAGGACCAAUUCGCAACUACUGAUGACGUAUACGCACAUCCGACGUUUGAUUAUGAAGUGGAAGACGACGGUGAUGAAAAUAAACAGAAGUCUUAUAUAGAUAUGGGGGCAUCGCUUCCGCCACAAAAUGAUACAUCUGCUGAUGAAGAAUAUGUAUAUAUGGGAGACGAUGUCUCGAACAAAAGCGAUGAAAAUGAGGAUGAAGAUAUGUACAGUUACAUAAAGCCGUGAAAUUCAUUAUCUUAACAAUCAACGUCCCACUGUUUUUAACUAUGCAUGAUGAUCUUUAUCUAUCAUGUCUAUGGUUUACAUAAAUCGUUUCAGACAAGAAAUCCAUAUCUUGUGGAACCCUUAGUUUAAUUAUUUUUUAGUAAAGAUGAAGUAACAUAAAAAAUAACAAUCAUAUUGUGAGUGUUAAAAUGCAACAGGGUUAGACCAAGUUUCCAACAAUUGACUUCUGAUUAUUAUACUGUCGCUAUUCCGUCUUUCCGUAUUGCAGAGGUAUCU